GAUGAAUUCAGAGAUUGCUCGUUUGGAAGAGUUGAAAUAAGCAGAAAUUUAAUUAAUGCAAUAGGUAUAUGAAUAGAAAGUAAUAAUAUUGAAUUAACAGUGAAGAUCAAUUACUUAAAUACAAAAUUAUAAUUAUUGACAAAAGAGGUGAGUAAGAAGGAUUAAGAGAUUAUGCAAUUUAGUUAAUAAAAUUAAGGAGUAAGUAAGGUGAAGACUGAGUAGAGUUAGAAGGAUUUGGAAGCUGAGAAAUAAUAUUAGAAGGAGUAUUUGUAAGCAUUGUAAUUGGAGAAAGAUUAGGAGGUAGCUAAAUUGAAGAAUUAAUAUGCAUAAGAUAUAUAGAAUUGUUAGAAUUUGUUGAGAAAUAGGGAUAAGAUAAUAGAGUAGUUGAGUAGUGAAUUAUAGCAACAUAGAUAAUAAUCAUUAAAGUAUAUGGACAAUUAGAAAAUUUAAUACUUAUCAUAAAUUCUUGAUUUGUCUAGUGAAUUAUAAUUAUUAUUAUGA